UUCAGCCACAGCAAAGCAAACCCAGAGAAGUACAGGAAAGGAAAGAAAAUAAUAAAAAUCCUUUUCAGCUCAUGCUAUCCCAAGACUGGCAUGUAACAGACUUUUUUCAUCAGAGAAAUCAGAGUUUCAUCAAAAACUAGGUUGUUCACUUUUCACAACUCUCAAUCAUGCUGGGAAAGAAGCUGGUGACUGCACAAAAGCGAGGGGAGACAAGAGCCCUCUGCCUGGGACUGGGAAUGGUUGCAUGCUCCAUGAUGAUGUACUUUUUUAUCGGGAUCACCAUUGUGCCAUUUUACACUAACAGUGUUUGGACAACAGAAACUGUGUGCAAGGUACUCAAAGCCAACAUCAAGGACAAAGUUUUCUGCCCAAAUAGCGAAGGCUCAGAGGAUGAGGAAAUCUUUCCUUAUCCCUGUCUACAGGUGUGGGUAAAUCUGACAGCCUCAGGACAGGAGGUUAUGCUCUACCAGAGUGAAGAUACACUGGAAAGAAAUCCCAAGUGCUCAUACGUCCCAGACAAUUUGGAGAACUCUAAAGAAGUUAAAGCACAAAUAGAAACAAUUGCAAGCAAUUUCAAAAAAUAUCAGACUUUCCCGUGUUACUAUGACCCAGGAGGAACACAGACCAACGUCAUUUUAAGCAGACUGUAUCCCUCAAAAGGCCUCCUCUUUGCUUUUCUCUGGCCUACACUCAUGUUUACUGGUGGAUGUCUGAUUAUUGUUCUGGUAAAAAUUAGUCAGUAUGUUUCUGUUCUUUCUGCUUGGCAGUAAAAAAUACAUAUCUAACAUAGACUGUUGUGAUUGUUGGAAGCUACUAAAAUCUAAAAUGAAUUUGUUCUGCCUGUCUUAUUGGCAUUUAGUGACUCUUAAUAUACCAGGUGUCAAUGCAAGGGCAGGCAUUCCAAAAAAUUGAAUAUCAACCACUAUGGAUGGCAAUCCAUUACACAAGGACAAAACAUACAACUGAUUCCCAGGAAUGCCUGAAAAUACCUCAUAAACACACAGACUUAGUUACUCUGUAUUGUUUCCUUGGGCUUUAGGAGGUUUUAGGAGCUGUUUUACAAACCUACAAUUCACAUAUACUACUAAACUCUUCUUCCAUGUUUUAGAUGGAGUGCUAAUUUUCUGUCUGGUUGAGAUCAGUUGGUGUCAGAUCCAUAUACAUCAUCACUGGCAGACAUACCUGUUAGACCCUUAUACACCAAUACAGUAUGUACUGAAGGCAUACCUGUCUGCUGAGAAAAGCAGCUUUCUUAUGGUGCAAAAAAGGUAUAUUUUUUAUUGUGACUCUCUCUGCUUUUGAGAAAGGGAAGGGAGAAAGACCCUCAAAACAAAAAUACACAUACACAGACUUUACAAAAAUUCCACUCUAAUCAUCUGACACCAAUUGUAUACAAAUAAAUAUAUGAAUAAAGUACAGAGUACGGUAUAGAAGCCUAUACUAAAAGUAUGUUUUUCUAUUUAACUCAAACCUUAGCCUUGCUUUAUUUGAGAAAAGUGUGCCACUCAAGGAAGGCUACUUGGCUGCCAUUUGCAUAGAUUAUAAAACUGAUACAAAAAGGAAGUUAUGAUAUAAAGAUUAUAGUGUCCUGGUUCUGGCCAAGAUAGGGUUAAUUUCUGCAGUAGAAAUUAGAGGGGGCUUAACCGGGACUCAGAGGUUAUUCUGUAGUACCUCACCUCAUUUUCUGGGAAAGGGCUGCCAGCCAGCUAAGAUAGCACUGCAGAGGGAAUGGUAAGGUAUUGUCAGGGGUGAGAACUUGGGUGUAAAUUGUUUCUGGUACACUCUUUUAUUAGUAUUGUUGCUGUUACUGUGCAUUGUA